CUGCCUUUUUUUCCGACUCCGAAGCGGCAGGUGGCGCCGUCUCCGCCUUGCCCUGCAGCGGAAGCCAGCCCUGAUUGUGGGAGCGUCGGAGAGAGACUCGGUGAUCAAGGGACACGGGGGCGGGGUUGUUGCUGUUGCUGCUUUUCCGGCGUCGACCCUACCCGGCCAGGGCUGGCGGAACGGCUGGGAUGGGGCUCUGCUUGCCUUGUAUGGGGGGAGCCGCCGACGAUGUGGUGGAGACGCCCGACCCGGAAAUGAAAAGAAGACAACUUGCAGAAGCUGCAGAAAAAAGGCAAAUGGAGGCUGCAUCUCGCGGUAUUAAGAAUCUAACUUCUAUCGAGGAGAAGAGAAGGAAACAGGAAGAAAUGGAGAAACGUCUUGAAUCUGCAGGACCUGGACCUGAAGGAGGUGGACUAAGAUGGCAAGUUGGAUAACUUCACAUGCACCUCCUGGAGGGAAGAAGACAUCCUGUGGCCAAUCCCUUGCCAGUUCUCGUGGCUGAGUGGCACUUGUUUAUGGUUUGGCUUUUGGCGUUGUUUGCCUACGAAGCAGGACUUUGCCUUUGUAGUAGGGCAGGUGAAAGAUGUGCACUAAGGAUAUUUUCAAGACAAAACCUCACAAUGCACAGCAGAGAUGGCCAAAACCAGCCACUUACUAGUUCUGUUGCCACAUUGUAUAGCUUUGCAUGUCUUAACAUAUUUGGGGGCCCUGAUAGUGAAAGAGAUACAUAUGUAGUAAAUGAAAUUUUCCUGCCUUGAUUGUUAGGGAAAUCAACUCUACUUUUAAAAAUAUCCCUAGAUACUUAACUGUGUAGUCCCCCCCCCCAAAUGCCACGCUUGUAAGAUUCAAACCAGUCUUCGAAUCCCUUGCUCUGGCCUAAACUUGCUGAAGUCCUUGGCUUAUCUGAGAGUAAGUAUUUUAGGGAUGGAAGCUUUUGUGCCUUUUAAGGGUGAAUUCAUAUGUUUUAAGAGAAAUGUCACCAUAAAGUAAGAAAUUCCUUGUGUAAUUCCUAUAAAUGCUAUCUCUGUGAGGGUAAUACAGAAAUUCAAGUAUUGAAGUACUGUUCAUUUUGUAAUAGGAAACACACAGACAGACACAGUCAUGUGUCUGAUUUUCCACUUUGGUUUAUAUUUUGUAAGAACGAACCAGAAGACAGCAGCUAAAGAUAUUUUGCUAUCUUGUGGUGAGAUUUCUCUCUAAAAAUGAACAUGCAAACUUUUUCUGGUAAGUCCUAGUAAAUGCUUGAAGAAAACUGAUUUCUUAACAUUCAUCCAGCAUUUAAAAAAUGCUUUAAAACAUGAUGGUUACUUAAACUGUGAUAAAUAUAUUUAUGUGACUUAUUUUGCCAUUUCUCAUAUGUCCUAUUUAUAGCAUGGAGGGUGUGUGAUUGUGACUCACUUAAAAUACAGUUAGGCAAAAUAGACUUGCCUGAUGUAAUUCUCUUUGUGUUGGUAUUAUUGGAUGAUGCCAGCCAUGGGAAUUGGGUAGAUAGAUGAAGUGUCUUAACAUGUUCUGCUUUCUGACCAAUGCAUUUGGGAACUUGAUUUAUAUAUUUAUUUUAAUUAGUAGUCCCAAACAAAUAUAUGGAGUAUUCAUGCAACCACUUUAAAGAUAACUAAAGGCAUUAAAUCACCUCAUAAGAGGAGAUGUGAAGAUGGUUUUGCCUUUACUCUUUGUGUUUAAAAUAGUUUGUGGUUUCUUAGGUGUCCUCAAGGUGGCAUGCUUUGCUGCUGCUGCUUUUUUAAAAAAUUACCUCAAUAAAAAAGUUCAAAAGAAAUCCAAACUAUAUGCAAAUUGUAGUGGCGCUGAGGGAGGAUGUGUUUGUGCAUAAAUAAUUGAACUUUGUCUUACUUAAAUGGGUUGCUUGACUUUUCCCAUCUGAGGGCAUUGUGAUAGGUAGUAAUCAUUUUAAAAGAGCACACAAUUCCCAACAAUAAAAUAUCCCAUUUAGUUGGGAGUAAUGUGCAGUUUUAAAACCUCUCAACAUUCUGCUGAGUUAACCUUCUAAAUGAAGUGUGUUUUGUUUUCUAGCCUACAGAAGUGCAGUGAUGUAAUAAAUGUCCACAGCCUUUUCUCUAUAGGUCAAACUGUGCAUUGAUUUAUGUAAGCUAUGCUGUAUUUACAACUAAAACUGCCCAAAUGCUUAGGACCUUUACUAGGAAUGGGAUGUUUUCUCUUUGUUGCCAAAAAAUAACACGUGUUUAGGUUGGCAGUGAUGCAUUUGGCCCAGCUUUGAAGAGAAAAGUUAUUGGGUUAUGACCACCUCCCUUUCACUCAUUAGCAGUACAUGCUGUCUAAUGUUGUAUCUUCCAAGAGAGGGUCUAGUGUCUGCCUUCAUUUUUGUUCAUUGUGUUUCCGUUGUUUAAAUAAAUGUAGUGCAAAAAGUCUGGUCAUGUGAAAUACCGAUACCUCAAACAUUAUGAUUAUGGGCGUUUGUGUUGCUGGCUGCAUUCAUACCAUACUUACUGCUUUUCCUGAUGGAAUACCAAUGUACCAGUAAAUUGGAAUAACACUUGGCAUAUCUAGGUAGCAUCCUUCAAGAGGAUGGUGCUAAGAGAAGUUGUUAUUAAAGUGCCAACCAAUUUGGGGAUUAA